GUGGCUGUCAUUCGUAGUUGAGUGCUGAAAGUGAAUUGUAUUAGAACAAAAUUUUUAACGGAAACUUUCGUGAAGAGAUAAAUAGAUAGUAGAUAUAGCCCUACAGAUAUAGACAAUCGAAUUAAAGGUGUCUUAACGAAACAGAAGUAAAAUCUUACUCAGUGAAAAUGUACAAAACACUUGUGAUUGUGUUAGCAGUUUUCUGCAUACUAUUUCUUCAUAGAACAGUAAACGGCAGUGAAUUCGACUACGAACAUCAAUCUAAAUGGUACGAUGACUUUAAGCAAUGCAGCUUUAAUCGACAAUCGCCGAUUGAACUAAAUUCCAAUGAGGCCGUUAUAUCAUAUGACAUACUGCCGUUAAAAUUCAUACACUAUGACGUACCCUACAAGAAGGCGGUGAGAAGUGAGAAUAACGGACAUACGGCGAAUAUACAGUUGCCAACGACGAGACUCGACGCAGCGUACAUCGUUGGCGGUCCACUACAGAAUCAAACGACUUACAUAAUGGAGAGUUUGCACUUCCAUUGGGGCUCCAAUGAGUCACACGGUUCCGAGCAUGUGCUCGACAGCGAACGCUACUCCAUGGAGAUGCAUCUGCUGCAUCGGAAUACCAAGUAUGCGACGGUGGAGGAGGCGCGCGAACACGAAGAUGGCUUGGCUGUGCUGGCCGUGCUGUACGUGGUGAAUGUCACUGCCACAGCCGAUUUUGUAGGCUUGAAUGAGGUCAUAAAUGUUUUGGAGUCCAUUUCCGAAUUCAAUCGCUCUACUGAAAUUGACAAUUUUCUACUCUCCGUGCUGCUGGGCGACAUGGAUGUUGCGGAAUUUUACACUUACGCUGGCUCACUCACCACACCACCCUGUUCGCAGGCCGUCACUUGGGUGGUUUUCUCGCAUCCAAUUACAAUCACGUCCAGUCAAAUGAAGCGUUUCCGCCGACUAUCAGACGGCCAUGGCGCUACCUUGGAGAACAAUUAUCGCGCACUGCAGGCGAAGGGUAAUCGAAAAAUCUUUCUGCGCCGCAAACGCAAAGUGCUGGAGUCCACAGUACAAUCGCCGCUCUAUUGGGAGCUGUUGAACAAACUGAAGCCACAGGCGCAGACAGCUACAGUUGGCGCAAAGUGAAAAUGUGCAAAGCGUAACAGGCAGUGUUCAGCUGAAGUUUGCAAUUUUAAAAUUAAAGCGCUUUAUUGAAAAGUAAAGACUGAUUGAGACAGUUGACAUUAACUUAAAAUAUUUUGACAAUAUUUUAAGACAAAUAUUUAAAAGUAAACGUAACAUUUUAUGCUAUGAUACCAAAGAAUAAAAAUUAAAGUAUUAUAUCAUGUAAAUAUGUAAAUAAUAACAACAAUAAUAACAAUUUUUCAAAUA